AAAUCCUAAAAUCAAAAUCUCAUCACCUUCUCCCUUGCUCUGUAUUUUUAUUUUUUUUGCUUUCUCUCUCUAAAUCCAUGGAUCCUUCUCUCUCUGUAACCAAUGAUCCUCAUCAUCCUCCUCCUCAGUUCAUCACAUCUUUCCCUCCUUUCACCAACUCCAACCCUUUCGCCUCUCCAAACAACCCUUUCUUCGCCGUCGCGCCGCCAAACAACAACCAUCUCUUCCAAGCUCCGCCUCCGCAGCCAACACCUCCGGUUCCUACUCAUCCAUCCUAUAGCCAUCCUCCUUACUCCGACAUGAUUUGUACGGCGAUUGCAGCGUUGAACGAACCAGAUGGGUCAAGCAAGCAAGCGAUUUCGAGGUAUAUAGAGAGAAUUUACACUGGGAUACCUACAGCUCAUGGUGCUUUGUUGACACACCAUCUCAAGACUUUGAAGAACAGUGGGGUUCUUAUGAUGGUUAAGAAGUCUUACAAGUUAGCAGCUAACCCUCCUCCUCCUCCUACUAGUGUAGCUGCUGCUUCUGGUGUUGAGCCUCCCAGAUCUGAUUUCACAGUCAACGAGAACCAACCUUUACCUGAUCCGGCCGCGGCUUCUUCUACUCCUCCGACUCAGAAGCGUGGCCGUGGUCGACCUCCAAAAGCCAAACCCGAUGUUCAAGUUCAACCUCAGACUAACGGGAAACCCACCUGGGAACAAACUGAAUUACCUGUUUCUCGACCAGAGGAGGCACCGGUACAGCCACAGAUACAGGCACCGUCUCCGGUUAAGAGACCUCCGGGUCGUCCUAGAAAAGAUGGAACUUCGCCGACAGUGAAGGCUGCUGCUGCUACCGUUUCAAGCGGUGUGGAGACUGUGAAACGAAGAGGUAGGCCUCCGAGUGGAAGAGCUGCAGGGAGGGAGAGGAAGCCAACGGUAGUCUCAGCUCCAGUUUCGGUGUUCCCGUACGUUGCUAAUGGUGGUGUUAGACGUCGAGGGAGACCAAAGAGAGUUGAUGCUGGUGCUUCCUCUGUUGCACCACCACCACCACCAAUUAGUGGAGGAGAGGGUGUUGCAGUCAAGAAAAGAGGACGAGGACGGCCUCCUAAGAUCGGUGGUGUUAUCAGGAAACCUAUGAAGCCGAUGAGACGAUUCCCUCGUACUGGAAGACCUGUAGGACGACCCAGAAAGAUUGAGGUGUCAAAGGGAGCUUCUGGACAACAAGAUGAUGACUAUGGAGAACUUAAGAAGAAGUUCGAAUUGUUUCAAGCGAGAGCUAAGGAUAUUGUUAUUGUGUUGAAGUCUGAGAUGGGAGGAAGUGAAAAUCAAGCGGUGGUUCAAGCCAUACAGGACCUGGAAGGAUUAACAGUAACAGAAACAGAGACAACAAACGAGCCACAGCACAUGGAAACAGUGCAGCAGCCAGACGACGAGGAACACCCUGAAACCGAACCUGAGGCAGAGGGACAAGGACAAACACAAGCACAGACAGAAGCAGAGGCAAUGCAAGAAGCUCUGUUCUAGAGAGAACCUUGACACAACCUUAUAAAAAAGAAAAGCUAGCAAGUGGUGGUGAUGGGUUUGCGUGUUGUGUGUUUCAUGGAAUUUUUAAAUCAUAUAAGGGAUGUUUGCAGGAGAGGAAACAACAAAAAGAAGAAUGUGAUGAUGAUGAUGAUGAUGAUGAUUUGUGUCUCUAACCAAACAACAAGGAGAGGUAGGGUAAUGUCUGUAAAGGUGAAUUAGGAUGUUACCAUUGUUUAUGCUCUCACUCCCCAUGUCUCUCCAUCGUCCAUAUUUGUGUAGGCUAUUUUGCUCUUUUGUUUUCCUCAAUGUUUCUUAGACUCACUCUACUCUUGUCCUUCUAUUUUGUCUCUCUUAGGCUUUUUAGGAGUUGUUGAUGUUUGUAUCAUCAAAACGCUUAUUGUAAUUUUUACGACCACGUCCACUUGUAUGAUGGUUUCUUCUUUUUUCUCUUAAUCCAUUUUAAAUUAAAUGUUGCUUGUGUCA